GGAAUCUAUCCACACUGAUUACAAACACGGAAAUAGAGAAGGUGGACGUCAGCGUUCCACCGGUGCAGGAUUCAUAGGCUUUAUAAAUAUAAUUUAAUUCGCUUGAUUGCAUAAAAGCACAGCUCAUUUUUCGCCUUUUCAGUCUAUGGAUUUUCUGCAGCUGCUAUCAUGUGCGUGCAUCAUAUUCACCGUCGGGAUGUUCACGACGGGAUUGACCGACUUAAAGAAAAUGAAGAGCACACAGAGUGCAGAUAACGUUCAGUUUCUGCCCUUCCUCACCACAUGCUUGAAUAAUCUAGGCUGGCUGUACUAUGGAUUAUUAAAGGGAGAUGGAACGGUGAUAUCUGUAAACAUCAUUGGGGCCUUUUUACAGACGUUAUACAUCAUCACCUACUGUCAUUAUGCCAAAGACAAGAGGCGAGUGUUCUCGCAGACACUGAUGAUGGUGAGUGUGUUGUGUGUAGGCUGGGUGUAUUUUACUGUGGUGAUUCCUUCUGGAGAAGCUCAACUCUCUCAGCUGGGCCUCGCCUGUAGUGUGUUCACCAUCAGCAUGUACCUCUCUCCACUCGCUGAUCUCUUGGAUAUUGUGCGAAAUAAGUCUGUGGAGCGCUUGUCUUUUUCCUUGACCGUGGCUACAUUUUUCACAUCCACGUCAUGGACGCUGUAUGGCCUUCAACUCCAUGAUUAUUAUAUAAUGGUGCCCAACACACCUGGCAUCUUUACUAGCCUCAUCCGCUUCUUCCUCUUCUGGAGGUUUGGAGCUUUCAUUCCAAACAAGCCCUCCUAUAAACUGAUCCAAAUCUGAGAGAGGAUUUCGAUUUUGACUAAAUGUGAUUGAAUCUAA